GGCCUCAGGAGUGGCCAGGCUUGGCAGAAGCCCCACGUGUGUGUGACCCGUGGGUGCUGUAGGCCCUCUGGAGCUGCUGGGGGAUACAGAGACAGGGAGCUCUGGAUCAGCACCCGCUGGUGUCCUGGGGGCACUAAGCCAUCCCUGGGAGGUCAGAAGAGGUCUGCUCUGCGCCCUGCUGCCAUUGUCCAGGAGGAUGAAAGAGCCGGACACGCACCCCACAUUCAGGAAGAUGGCUACCUUUUACCAGUGCAUCUUGCCUGACCCCAGUGAGCUGGACAUGAUUUCCACAAGGGUGAUGGACCUCAAGCUCCGAGAGGCCGCAGAAGGCAUGGGGGAGGACAGCCCAGGAAAGAAAAAAUCUAAAUUCAAAACUUUUAAGAAGUUCUUUGGGAAGAAGAAGAGGAAGGAAGCUCCCUCAUCCGCAGGAAGUAGCGCCUGGACACAAAGCCAGGCGAAGAGUGAGGUCGCCCCCCUGGAGUCAGGGCCGGUGGGCUGUGAGUCCGAGGAUGAACUCGAGGAGUCCAGGGGCGCGCUGGGCAGCCGAGCCCUCUCACACGACAGUAUUUUCUUCCCCGAGUCUGGCCAGGACCCUGCUCGCCCUGUGCGAGUGUUUUCCCAAGAAAACGUGUGUGACCGGAUCAAAGCUCUACAGUUAAAAAUACAGUGUAACGUGAAGAUGGGGCCCCCUCCCCCUGGGGGACUGCCUGUCAAGCGUGGAGAUGAUGCUGGCAUGAGUUCUGAGGACGAUGGGCUGCCCAGCAGCCCCCCGGAGAUGUCCCUGCUGCACGACGUGGGCCCCAGCACAACCAUCAAGGUCUCCUUAGUUCCCUCAUCCGGGCCACUGUCUCCAGACCAUGGGAGCAACACCUCAGUGUCCCCCCAGAUCUCGGACAGCAGCAUCGCACCCUUGGCUGACUUCAAUUACCCCCCGGAAUUCUCCUCCUGCCUGGACAACUCUGCCGCCAAGCACAAGCUCCUGGUGAAGCCUCGUAACCAGCGGUCAACUACAAUGAGGCGGCUGUCUUCGCGUGCACAGUCGGAAUGCCUGAGUGAGCUGACCUGCACCCCAGAGGAGGAGGAGGAGGACGAGAGUCCGCUGUUCAAAGUCAGCACAGAGGGAAACCCCAGUGCUAGGCAGCAGGAUUUGGGGCUGGACAGAGGCCCCGAGCUGGGAGAGCCGACCCCCAUGCUGCUCCCCGGGGGCCCCCGUCUGAGACGGGCACGCCUGCAGCACUGCCCCGCUCUCAGUGCCAGUGUGGAAGAAGAGAGCUUACCUGGAGAUGAACCCCCAAGACACAUGGCCACCCCAGAGGUCACUCAGCCUGACCCAGGCCCAGCACUCUGCUUGGAGUCCCUGCCUCCACCAGAAGGCACCCCAGCCCCACAGCCUGAUGCCGGCGGUGUUGAAAGCCAGCGGGAAGAGCUGCCCAUUGCUGGCGGGUGUCCCCCUGCUGUGGACACAGCUGAUGGGGAGGUGUGUGCUGCUGGUGAAAGCGGGAAUCCAGUGUCCGUCUGCAUCCCAGAGGACAUGGCACCACCCAAGACUGUCACCCUUACCACCUCGGAGACACCCUCCAGUCCAGAAGGGACAGACCCAAGUGUCCAGAAGGAUGUGGCAGUGACGCUGGCUGUGCCCAGCCCCGAGGGAGCAGGGAAGGAAGCGCCCGCUGCCCCUGCCGCAAGCCCACAGGUCCCCAAGAGUUGCUUGAAACACAGCGAGCCGGAGCCGAGCGCCACAGCGCAGGAGGCCAAGAGGGAGAGCAAGCCACUGGAGAAGCCGUCGUCGGCGCACCCAGCGGCCGAGAAAGCUCCGUCUCCCAGAGGGGUGGGAGCCGACGGGCAGCCCAUGCCACCCUGGAUCACUGUCGCCCGCCAGAAGCGCCGAGGGGUCCCAGACCUGCCACCCAACCUGGAAGAGAGGCCUGGAGUGCGGAGCCUGAAGUCUGAAAUAGAAAAGCAGGCCAAGGACCCAGGGAGAGUCCAGGUGCAGGAAUCCACGAAGCAAGCCGACUUUGUCCGCAGUCGAUCCUUCCUAAUUGCACCCGCUAAACCCGCUGUGGAACGGAAGCACGGGGCGAAACUCAGCCUCAAAGAGGGGCUGCAAAGAGGAAUCUCGUUGUCCCACCAGAAUUUGGCUCAGUCCCCAGGGAUGACGGAGAAAGAACUGACCCAGCUGAAGAGAGCCAGUUAUGCCAGUGCCGACCAGCCAUCCUGGAUGGAACUGGCCAAGAAAAAAUCACAGGCCUGGAGCGACAUGCCCCAGAUUAUAAAAUAGAUUUGCUGCAGAUCAAAUCAUCCGCUACCUUCAUGGGCCACGUACUUAAAGACCACCAGUAAAUCAAGACAGACAAACUGAAACCUCAGACUGAUUUGAUCAUCAGGUUAGGGGAGAGAGGAAGGAGCCAGGCGAACGAGGAAGACGAACCCACAGCCAUGGUCCUGGGCCGGAAGCGCCCUCACACAGAACAGCGGCCGGGAGUGUGCUCUUGGGCCCCCUUGGAUGCCUGUCAGGUGUUUGGUUUGGGUUUGGGGUCUUUAGCAUUCCUUUGAGAAGGAGGACUCAGACAGGGCAGGAAAUGGAAAUGCAGGGUGGAUGAAAAACUAGGCCGAGGCUGCAGGACCGGAAGAGAAGCCAUUCCGGGGCCUGUGUGUGUACUGUGUGUACUGUGGAGUUUCCACUGGAGAUAAGUCCAUUGUCUCCGGUUGCUGCCUUGCACAGGGAUGCUGUUUUCUCUCCAUGUUUGCCACUGGGCACAGCAUUCAUGGUCACGCAGGGGUGCCGUUUCCGAGCGCAGCUAUCAAAGAACAGUUUUCCUGCAGAUCGCCACUUCAAGAAGAAGAGAGGGGACGAGGCAGGGCCCAUCCGCUCAUAGAGGGCGCCCAAAAAUAACGCUUAAAAGGUGUUUUCCACUAGACGUCUGUGACCUUGACCUUUGCACAAUGCAUUGCCUGUUCAAUAAAAGAUCUCAAGCGUG